AUGGAUCCCAAAAUGCCCAAAGCCGUGAAACCUAAGCGUCGCAAGAAGAGUCAGUCAAGAACUGAAGUGACAAACAUAUCCGACAGUGAAAGUGACACUGCUCCUAAAUCUCAAUCGCUUAAGCCAAAAGCUCAAUCAGCAGCUGUCAAAUCAAUCUCUCAAACUAAACCAACAUCGGUCAAAGUCCCAUCUAAACCAACUUUAGUGAAAGACUCGGCUCUCGCUGAAAAGUUCACAUCGCAUUAUCUUCAACGUAUCACUACUGAAUUCUCUGAAGAUCUGGAUAAGAUCCGUGAAGCGGAUGAUUUCAAUGAGAAUGCGUUGCAAAUAUUGGUGCAUGCGUUGAAGCAAGGUACGGAAGUCUGGGGCGAGGAAGAGAUGAGGAGAAUUGUUGGAUAG